AUGGCUGUGCGGGCGGUGCUGCUGCUGGGGCUGCUGCUGCUGCUGGUCCAGCGCCCCGGGGAUGCAGCUCUCCUGGAAGCCAACGGGAACCUGAGCUGCCGCUGUGCCAAGACCACCAGGGCCUUCAUCCCACCCCGGCUUUACAGCAGCGUCGAGGUCCGGCCCGUGGGGAGCAGCUGCCGGCGCCUCGAGGUGGUGAUUAAGCUGAAAAGUAUGGAGAGGGUCUGCGUGGAUCCCGACGCCCCUUGGGUGAAGAAACUCCUGCAGGAUCUCCCUAACCUGAGGAGGAAGAACGUGGCUGCCCACUGA